UAGGAUUGAUCGGCAGAGGGCUUCGCCGGCCUUCUAAAGGAACAGGUCUCUUCAUUCAGUUUCUCGGCGGCGAAGAGUGACCAGAGUCGUGACUCUGAUUGAAAACCGAGACGCUACUGCCUCUUACGCGAAAUCAUUUUCAUUUCCCUGAAUUUUCAGAAAAUCCCCAGCCCUCGGCCUUCAUUCCUGGAGCGUGCGGUGUCUAUUAGUGACCCUUGACACCUACAAGCGCCAUGCCUGAGCAAAGCAACGAUUACCGUGUGGCGGUGUUUGGGGCAGGUGGUGUCGGCAAGAGCUCACUGGUCCUGAGGUUUGUGAAAGGAACGUUCCGGGAGAGCUACAUCCCCACUGUGGAAGACACCUACCGACAGGUGAUCAGCUGCGACAAAAGCAUCUGCACGCUGCAGAUCACCGACACCACUGGGAGCCACCAGUUCCCUGCCAUGCAGCGCCUGUCCAUCUCCAAAGGGCACGCCUUCAUCCUGGUCUACUCCAUCACCAGCCGGCAGUCCCUGGAGGAGCUGAAGCCCAUCUACGAACAGAUUUGCGAGAUCAAAGGGGACGUGGAGAGCAUCCCCAUCAUGCUGGUGGGCAACAAGUGCGAUGAGAGCCCCAACCGCGAGGUGCAGAGCAGCGAGGCGGAAGCCCUGGCCCGCACGUGGAAGUGCGCCUUCAUGGAGACCUCGGCUAAGCUCAACCACAACGUGAAGGAGCUCUUCCAGGAGCUGCUCAACCUGGAGAAGCGCAGGACCGUGAGCCUUCAGAUCGACGGCAAAAAGAGCAAGCAGCAGAAACGGAAAGAGAAGCUCAAGGGCAAGUGUGUGGUCAUGUGAAUGUGCUGUCCCGGGAGGAGCUUCUAAUAAACCCCCACCUCCGACCACUUGCCCCUGUGUCCCUCCCCCUCACUCCCACCCCUGAGUGAAAUUCACCAUUGUCAGGGUAGCAUGUACGAUGCCCACAUGUUAAAUAUUGUAUUGGACCGAGAUAGGCCCUGGUGUCCUUAAAAGGGCAUGCCACACCACCAACACAAAGCCACGCCUCCACUGUGGAACCUGCCAGGUAGUUGAAAAGCAACACACAUGGCCUCCCAGAGACUCAGAGUGGUGCAUUCCCCAGCGGGAGGUAGGAGGACUCAUAUCUGUGAUCAAUGGCAGCAUGUGCUGAGAUGCCCGGGGUACCAUGUGAUGCAUGGGAGAACACGUUAUCCAGAGCUGCUGACUCCAGCCCCACACCAGGUGUUUCUUUCUACUCAGGAGCCAGUAACAUUGUUGUAUGUUUGGGGUUUGGGGAAAGAGGCAUGGGUGUGGGCAGAAAUGAGUACACCAGUCCAUUCAAAGUGGACCAUAUUGGGUUCUUUUCAUGAUUUAUUAUCACUAGCUACUAUUGUUACUCUUACAAUUGGGUUCAACAUAAAAUAGCACAUUAGAAGGAUGUUUCCCCGUCACCUCUCCUGACUCCGUGAGGACCUUGUUCAUCUCCCAAGAGAAUGUGUUCACCUCAUGUAGACCUGGCUAGCUAACAUCAUCCUCACCUUUUCGAGUGCUUAUUUUCACAUGCAAUAGUGAGUUCCCUACCAGUGUGUUGUCCUGCUGGACAUUCUUGUGGAUAUUGUGACAUUAUUAAACAUAUGGCAAUACUGUUCCCCGGGGAUUUUACUUGGAGGGUUUUAGAAAUGUGAACCUUUUCCCAUUUGGCCCCUGAGGGCCGUGACUUCUUCAACCCUUAGGUUUUAAAUAAAAGUGAAUGAAGUAGCCAUUUUGUAGACAUUUUUGUUUCCCUCCAAGAUGGUUUUAUUCUCUCAAAUAACUCAAUCUGUACCCAGCUUGGCAACAGCCAGUAAAGGCCAUCUGACGACUAAAAGCACAUCUGUUUUUCUACGUGACAUGCAUGUGUGUACGCCACACAUUGCACCUUAACGAAAGACUCUGACACAGAGGUCAUUCACUGUGUUUUUGAUGUUCUGUGUAUAUCCAAAGUGUACUCCUGAAACAUGCAUUUGUAUACUAGUAAAUUCUCUUGCAUGUUCCAUGACACACAUCUUCUGAAGGCUGUGCAAGACAGCAUUCACUCUAGAAACAAUUAUCUUCUAAUGAUUGUGUAUGCAUCCUUAAUCCUUUGUAAAACCAAAUUAGAGUCACUGUGUGGUUCCUGCGCCAGGCGUGGGAGAAGACAGUGGCUGGAGACAAGUGGGCUGCCCUGUCCUGCAAAGAGCCCAGGCAGAUCCUGUGCUCUUCCAUCUUUCGAACCUGACUGAGGCUCUGCUUGAACAAUUCCCAGACUGGCCAAACUGUGAGAUCAUCCUCUUGGCAACCCUGACACCUGCCAGGCAGGCAGAGGGAGCUGCAGUGCCACCAGGGCUUGCACAGGGCGCCUCCUGGCUGUUGGGCAGCAAUACUAAUUCCCAGGGUGGAGACCAUGCACAUGUUGCCUCCCACGUUUGCUAUGUUCCCCCUGCCCCACCUCCGCAGGACUUGCUGCCACAGCUGUCCUCCAAAGCACACUGUGUUCUCAGCAUAAACUGGCAUCCUGUACCCCUGUCUGGUUGAAUGCCCUUGUGCUGGUCUCAUCUUCCCUCUACCACCAGAAGCACACCCUUGCAAUGAGUGUGUAGGAGGUGCCUUUAAGAAUAUCCAACUCCAUAAUAUUUGCACCUCCUUGGUCUUCUAGAACAAAUUUUCUGUGAUUUGACCAGAGGGAGCAUUCAUCCUGAGAGGGGACAACCCAGGUCAGACAUGGCCUGGGGGCUGGUAGGGAGCUCAGGGCAUUGGGACCAGUCCUGAGGCCUCCUUAAUGUACAAUCUAAUGCAGGUUUCACAGCAUUCGCAGAGAGAUCUGCUUGGGACAUUUUCUGGAUCGCUUUUCAACUUGUGUUCUAUAUUUUUUUUCCCAUUUCUGUGCUCAGAGAGGGGUGGUCAGUUUGCCAUUUGCAUGUGGGUGAAUUCUAAAGACAGUAGAACAUCAUGGCCAACAUGAGACGUACAGGUUAUGCUUGGCUUUUUCUGCUAACAGGGAAAUGGGAUCUUUGCCACUGACCAUGAUGUUAAUAAGGCUUUUCAUGUGAGAUUUUCCUGAAGACUGCUCUGCUCCUACAGCUUAGAAGUCCUGAUUUCUUUUAGCCCUUUACAGUCAAUGCCUGUGUUUAAGUAUUCAGGAU